AUGGCAACCAUAUCCACCAUUUAUGGGUUGGUUAAACUGAUUGGUGAUAACUUUGGUGAUGACACCAACAAUCGAGUAUCUAUCAAUGUCUCACCAUCAAAUAUUAAAUGUAAUUUUAAGUCUGCAACAUCAACUCAAAUUAUUUGUCACCUCGGAUCAUCUCUUGUUGGAGAUACCAAACUCCUUCCGAUUUCAAUUUCAGUUGAUGAUAUUUAUACUCAAACCUAUAAACCUCUUAUGUACUGUAGUGAAAGAUUUUAUUCAACUAUUCUAUUUUGUGGAGAAUAUUCGAGAGUCAAGCAAUUAAUGAUUGACAAUGAAACAAUGGGUGCAACUCCAAAUGCUCCAUAUAUUGGUGAAUUUGAAUCUAAGAUGUAUCAAUGUUUUAAUCAAUCAUUGGAUAUAAUUGGAUAUGAAGAAUUUAGAUUUUGGCAAGGUGUAUCAAACAACAGUCUCUAUAAUAUUUAUGAUCGAACAGUCUCAUCCAACAUUAAAAAUGUAAAGUAUUACACUCCAUUGAUUACAUUUUAUACAACCGAUACACCAGUCAUUGAUAGUGUUACCAAUAUUCAAUUUGGACAAGCAUCGCUCAUUACAAUCAAAGGUAAUCAUUUUGGAAAAGAUCAUUCAUAUGUUUUGAUAUUCUUCAAUGAAAAAGACACCAAUAUCACUCUAUGCAAAUCACCAAGAUUUAUUGGAAACAGUUAUCGACAAAUGACUUGCUUAUUGGAUGGUGGUCUUUCGAAUCAUGUAUCUGAUACAUCAAUCAUGAUCAGAGUGGCUGAAAAGAGUACAACAUUACCUCUGGCACAAUGCACUGGUGACUGUAAUAAUAGAGGUCGGUGCAACUAUCUCAUUGGAAGUUGCGAAUGUGAUAUUGGUUAUGACCCCGAUUUGGAUUGUUCAUCAUUGGUGAUGUGA